AUGCAGCCUUUCCAUCCACCUACACCUCAACAACGUCGAUCAACUUAUUUGCCCUCAACCCCCGAUUCACCCACAGUAGAAAAAGAAUCCCAUAUAGGAACGACGCCUGAUGCUCGUCAGGCAAGAGAAGCGGCAGAUGAAGUAGUCAGAGAGUAUGAGGAAAAGAGAGAUCGUCUUGCAAAAGCAAUCGAUUCAUCUUUGUACCUUUUGUCAGAUCUUAAGAACUUCAAUGGAGAACAAUGGACCGUCAGAUAUCCUCAUCUCAAUCCAGUCGAACCUGGUUCAUCAUCGUCUCGGCCAGGCAUGAGUCGACGUACUCUCACUUUUGCCGAUGAACCUUCGCAAUCGACUGAUGUAGUAUUGAAGUCCACACCUACCGUACGACGCACACUUAAACGAUCCCUCACUCUUGCACCUCCUCCUCCCACGACACCCAUAACAACCGUCAUUCCAGCUUCCGCAGAACCAAAAUCAACGAAUGAAGACGAAGAUGACUUCUCGAUCUUACGAUUGAAUCUAAACAUGGGUGCAGCUCGUCAUGCCAAGGGAUUAAUUUCACAUCUUGAGAAAUCAUCAAUCUCAGCUCUUCUUGAUAAUCGAAUCACUGCAUCAUUGGAUCACCUCAAUCACUUACAGAAACGUGUAUACGAUGCUCAUUCUCGAGUACUUGUCACUGGUGAUCUAAAUGCCGGUAAAUCAACUUUGAUCAACGCCUUGCUUAGACGAGAUGAAGUCAUGCCUACCGAUCAACAACCUUUGACGACCCGAUUUGUCGAAGUCGUUAGUGCAAAGGAGAACGAGGACAAGGAGGAAAUACACAUCUUGAAAAACGCCGAUGAAUACAAUCCUGCCGAUGAAUCAACAUAUCUCACCGAGGAUGUAUCGAAAUUGUACGAGAUGGUCGUUGAUGCCGAGGAUGAUGCAUCCAGUCCUCCUUUACGAGUCUUCCUCAAAGAAGCCGAUGCCAAUCUCGCCAAUCCCUCGAUCCUUCAUAAUGGUGUUGUAGACAUAUCCCUCAUUGACGCUCCCGGUCUCAAUCGAGAUUCAAUCAAGACUACAGCCAACUUUGCUCGUCAGGAAGAAAUCGAUGUCGUCGUCUUUGUUGUCUCAGCAGCCAAUCAUUUCACCCUCUCCGCGAAGGAAUUCAUAUGGCAAGCUGGACACGAGAAAGCUCAUCUGUUCAUCGUUGUCAACCGAUUUGAUCAGAUCAAAGACAAAGCUCGAUGUCGAAGAUUAGUGCUUGAACAGAUCAAACAGCUCAGUCCAAAGACUUACGAGGACGCCGCCGAUCUCGUUCAUUUCGUCGACUCCGCCAAAGUCGCUCUAGGAUUUGGCGAAUCUGAGCCCGAGGGUGAUGACCUGGACGAGGCUUUCUGCCACCUUGAACACUCUCUUCGAUCAUUCGUUCUUGUAAAUCGAGCCAAAUCCAAGCUUGGUCCAGCUCAGAAUUACAUCACUCAUCUUUUGGCGGAUGUUGAACUUCUUGCUGCCGCCAACUCACUCUUAGCUGGUAAGGAGAGAGAUGCGGCCCGAGAUGAACUAGCGAGAGUCAAACCUGUUUUGGAGAAGAUGAAGAAAGGUAAAGAAGGGUUGGAAGAAUCAUUAGUGGGAGAAGAAGAAUCCGCCACAGACAAAGCGUCUGGACGAACCAAGCUGGCUAUGGAAAGAGGAUUGGAACGAGUCGGUCGAGGAGAACUCGCUGCUCCCGCUCCUGGAUUAUCAAUGCCAAAUUACCCCGGUUUGCUUGGUGUUUGGGAUUACGCUGCUGAAGUCAAACGAGUUUUACUAUCUUCUCUUGACUUUGCAGUUGGUCUCGCUGAAGAUGACGCUCGAAGACAUACCAGUGAAGGCGUCGAACAAGUAAUCAAGCUUGGUGAUGUCCACCUUCCAGCGGAUGUAGAAAGAACCAAUAGGAAAUUCAACUCUAAAGCUAUGUUCUCACCUCGAUCCAAUACGACUCGACGCCAAUCAGGCGUCGCCACUCUUGGUCUUGGACUGGCCGGUCAAACUCUAUUGGCAGAUGUCAACGUCUCUGACAUCUUCGAUUUGCAACAUCACAUUUACAUUGCUAGAUCAGCAUUACCUUCGGCAUCUUCAACUUCCACCGAUCUCGUGCCAUUCUCAACAGAAGUCGGAGCGGCAUCAUUAGCUGUUGGUGCAUUCUCUGUGAUAAGCGGUAAAACACUCGGAUUACGUGCAGUCGUUGAAGGAAUCGUACAUUUCUCAGACUUCGUUUCCAACCCAUCGACAAGAAGAUGGAUUGGACCCAUUCUCGGAGUUUUCACAGCAGGUGCAGUGGCCUAUGUCGUCUACGAAUUACCGAGAUCAAUACCUAAGAAUGUUGGAAGACAUCUUCAAUCUACUUUGACCACUUCAUCAAGUCAACAGGGUGACGAUUCUACUAUCUCAUUCUCAGAUUAUCAAUCAAUCAGAAUAAGUAAGGAGGUUAGAAAAGUAAUGAGGUUGGCUUCAUGGGACCUAAGAGAAAGGUUCAGAUCAGCUGUUGAAGCUAGAAGCGAAGUAGUCAAAGCUAAUGAAGAAUUAGAGAAGAAAGCUUCAAAAGCUCUCACGUGGUUCGAAGAUGUAGAGAAGAAAGUUGAAGUCAUAAGAGAUCAAGUUGGUAUCAAAGUUUGA